GAUUUUGUAAAAUCGGGGACGAAAUAUUUUUAGGAUUGUUUUUUUGCGUGGAGCCAACGAAGCGUGUCAAUGACGUCACAAGGGGAUGUCGCUGUCGCCAUUCCACAAAGAAACGACGAUCGUGAAAAGUUUUAGAAAGAAUUGAUUCAGUUAAUGCUUAUUUGCUGGUAGAUUGAUUAAGAAAAUACCGAGUUUUGUUAUUACAUAUAUUAACACUCGAAUGAAGAAAUGCCGAAAGAAGAAAACACGAAGCAUCGGAAUGGGAGGAGGAACACUCUUAUAAUGAGUCAGGAGGAAGCGAAGUCAGGGAAGCCGUCGCAUUGGGACAAGCUGGAGAUAACUGGCACCAUCCGCAACCUUUCCCCAGCCAUCUGGCAACUCCGUCAUCUUACAGCGUUGUUCCUGAACGACAACCAACUGUCGCGAAUUCCGCCCGAUAUUUGUAAGCUUGAGAAUCUCAUCGUGUUGGACUUGUCGUGCAACAAACUGCGAAGCUUGCCGGCCGAGAUUGGUGACCUUAUCAAACUAAGGGAACUGAUGUUGAACCACAACAGCUUGCGAGUUCUUCCGUACGAAAUCGGGAAAUUAUUCCAACUACAAAUGUUGGGGUUAGUGGGGAACCCCCUACAACAGGACAUCGCUAACCUUUAUAAGAACGGGGUAGCGAGGUUGUUGACCUAUCUGCUGGACAAUCUCGCUGUAACGAGCCAGGAACCCCCUGAGCGGGAUUGGAUCCACACAGCCAACCCCGAUCGUUGCCAGCCGAUGGCCAUCUUCUCUGUGAUGUCAUACAAUGUAUUGUGUGAUAAAUAUGCCACCAGACAAUUGUAUGGUUAUUGUCCACCAUGGGCGCUUAGUUGGGAAUACAGGAGGAAGAUCAUCUUACGCGAGAUCACGUACUACAGCGCUGAUAUUCUUGCACUGCAGGAAGUAGAAACCUGCGAAUAUCACAACUUCUUCCUCCCCGAGUUAAAACUACAAGGUUACGACGGGAUUUUCAACCCCAAGUCUCGCGCCAAACACAUGGCCGAUGAAGAUAAACAGCACGUGGAUGGUUGCGCCAUCUUCUGGAGGACGCAGAAGUUAUCGUUGGUAAAGGAGCAUCUGGUGGAGUUCAACCAGGUGGCCAUGCAGAACAACGAGGGUUCGGAAGAUAUGUUGAACCGAGUGAUGACCAAGGAUAAUAUCGGAAUCGCUGCGUUGUUGGAAACUAACGAUGGGUUGUAUGAUAAUUCAGGCUUCCGUGGUUCGUCCGAGUCACCCAAGCAACAUAUACUUGCUGUUAACGCUCAUAUGCAUUGGGAUCCAGAGUUCAGCGACGUCAAACUGAUACAAACAGUGAUGUUAUGCCACGAGGUGAAACGGAUUUGUGACGAAGCCAACCAGAGUUUCCGGCCGGGAGGUCGAACGACUCAAUCGUCCGACUGCCAUAAGAUGCCACUCGUGUUGUGUGGGGACUUUAACUCAUUACCUGACUCUGGCGUUGUUGAAUUUCUCCGUAACGGCAAAGUCUCAUCCACACAUUGCGACUUCAAAGAAAUCAAAUACAGCAAGUGUCUCAGUACGUUUGGACUCGGACUACGAUCAAACGGGACAAUGCAGGACCCGAAAUCAGUGACCCACCCGUUCCGUUUAAACUCAUGUUACGACGACACCAACUUCCACCUGCUACAAUAUUCAAACAACACGUAUGAGUUCAAGGGAAUCAUCGAUUACAUUUUCUACUCGCGCACCCAGAUGAAAUGUCUCGGCGUAUUGGGAGGUAUUGACCCUGAAUGGUUUAAACAAAACAACAUUGUUGGUUGUCCUCACCCCCACGUACCAUCCGAUCAUAUCCCAGUCAUCUCCGAGUGCCAAGUCUUCCCUCCCGGCCACCAGAAGUCAAACUACCCCCCCAACAACAACUACAAUCACCGCCAACCAUACUCGCAGUUGUUCACCCACCCCACACCCCCCCAACCCCCACAGCAACCCCGCUACCCCCCAAACAACGGGGGUAAUCGACCGGGGUCGUCCAACUCCAUCACCCACAGCCCCAUCAACCUACCUAACGGGCGGGGGUCAAAUGGGGGCCAUGGGGUUGGGGUUAAUCGGGAUGAACGGACGAAGGUAGUUUCCCCUGGGACUUUCCCCUGGGUGAAAAGGGACUUACCCACUAAGGGACUUUCCAACUUUUUGAUUAUUAUUUUGCCGUAUUAUUGACUGAGACUUCCCCUUUGAGAAUCAUUAUCACUAUUGUGACAUCACAAAUCGUGAAACUUCCAUUCCAUUGUUACGCGACAGUUCCCCCUAUGACAUCAUAAACACAAUUUGGUUUUAAAUUUUAUUACUCGAGCACUUCCAGCCAAUUCAAAUGAUAAUGAAGUAACUUGCACUUUCGUGUUUUAUCCCGGCAUCAAAAUAACAUGAUUCAAGUUGUAUCAUUUUUUACGUCACUCGGAGAGAUUGCAUCUAACAGGAUUUUUACAAAAUUUAGAAAUUUCACAAAAUUUUCAUUUUUAACAUCGUUGUUAGUUGCAAUCCAGCCGAGUUACGCUGGAAUUUUUUACACCGUUUUUACGUCCACAUAGAAACAACAUUUCACUGGAAAUUCUGAAUUUUUUGUUUUUUUAUCGUUUGUUAAAUGCUACCCAGUGCAAUGACCUGAGCGAAAAUUAUAGUUCACUUAUUACGGGACUUCCCCCUCCUCCCCGGGUAUUUCCCGGUGUGCCAAAACCCGAUUUUAAAACUUUUUUUUAACAAUUUUACGAAAAGUUAAAUUUUAACGCCAGAAUUGGAUUUUGUUUGUGACAUCAUAAUGUUCACUGUGAUUGUUACGUCGUCGUGGCAACCACUAAGGUGCUCCAUAUACUUUGUUGUGGCAAGGUGUCGUCCAAAGUGCCUUGUAUACACAGUUAUGCCUCAACAUUGGUCCCAACUUUGCUGCUUCUUCUCGAACUAUGAUUUUUGCUCUGGUUUGUACUGGAUUGUGAUGUCAUGAUGACGUCAUAAUGGUGUGUGUUUGAUGACGUCGUUGUUUUGUGGUGACGUCACUUUGUUUGAUGUGUCAUCGUUACGUCAUAAUAAUGAUGAUGCAUUUUACCAUUUUUAGCACCUCCCCAAAUAAAAUGUCUUGCUGCACAUAA